UUUUCCCCCUUACGAAUGAAAUGUUUAAAUAUAAAAGACGCAUUGAUCUCAUCUUCAUAAUUUACUUGGGUCUCCGUACAUUUGGGAUAUUUUAUUUAAACAAAUAUGUUAUUACCAAAUCAACCUGCUCCUAAUUUUGAAGGUACUGCUGUUGUUGGCACGGAAUUGCGUCCAAUUAGUUUGAGUCAAUUUCAAGGAAAAUAUGUGUUACUGGUAUUUUAUCCACUUGACUUCACUUUUGUUUGUCCAACGGAAUUAAUUGCAUUUAGUGAAAGAGCUGCUGAGUUCCAAUCUAGAGAAUGUCAAGUAAUCGCAUGCUCAACUGACUCAGUCUAUGCUCAUUUGGCAUGGACGAAAUUGGAUCGCAAAGCUGGUGGUUUGGGACAAAUGAAUAUACCUUUGCUGUCCGAUAAAAACCUAAGGAUAUCACGAGCGUACGAGGUUCUUGACGAACAGGAAGGUCAUGCAUUCAGAGGUAUGUUCCUCAUUGACCGCAAAGGGAUUUUACGUCAAAUUACUGUUAACGAUCGCCCUGUAGGGAGAUCAGUUGAUGAGGCGAUUCGUCUUUUGGAUGCUUUUAUUUUCUUUGAGAAUCAUGGCGAAGUUUGUCCAGCGAACUGGAAACCAAAUUCAGCAACAAUAAUACCCGAUCCUGUUGCUUCUCUCUCCUACUUCUCAUCUAUGCACUGAGGUUUUUGUUUUGAUAUCAUAUCUUAGUUAACAUUAAUAAACAGUUCAUGUCAUCUGUUUCAA